GUAUAUAAGGGCUGUGAGCCUCACCACUCACACUACACCAGCACACACCCGCCAGCAUGGCCAAGCUUCUCCUACUCCUCCUGACUGUUGGAACGUGCUGCUGGGCUCAGAUUCUCGUCAGUCCUCCCUCACGCAGCUGCGACGAGUUGGAAGCGAUGGAUGAGAGUUCCCGGGCAGUGAAGCAACCUCCUCAGUACGUUGCUGGCGAGGAGAUGCUGGUGAAGGCCCAGGUGCCGCAUGUGGAGAAAGGGGUCUUCGAGUUCUACCUCUGCCCUAAGACAGGCCCCGGGGAUGAAGACUGCCUCAUGAGGUGGCCCUUGGAGAUAUCCGGGGUGGAAGGCCGUCAGUAUAAGAUGGACAAGAAUACCCAGGGAGGAGAGUACAAUAUACCUCUCAUCAUACCUGACCACUUCACCUGUGAUUCCUGCACUCUUCAGUGGACAGUGGUGACGAAACAGUGCGCUCCUGAGGACGGUGGCGACGGGGCCGGAUCCUCCUGCUCCAACCAGCGGACCACACUCUGCUCUGACAUCUCCAUCGUUGAGCGAAAACGACGUCAGAAGAGAAACUGGAAUUUUUACAGAGAAAUGAUGGCCAAGGCUUUGCGUGAAGCUAUGCAACUCAAUCCAAAUAAAACUGGAGCUAUCCAACAUAAUCAAAAUUUAGGUUCAAUACCUGACUAAUAAAAUUGCGUGAAGUUAUGCGAAAACACUUACAGACAUAUAGAGAUGCAAUCUGACAGAAUGAUAUACUGGCAGACAAAUUUUCAUUCAUAAUAAAUUAAUAUAAAUAAUUAAAUAU